AAAAGGAUUCCUGUGGUGGCAGCUGACAUUAUUGAGCGCCUACUGUGUGCUGAGUCCCACACCAAGCAUUUCACAUGCACUGCUCAUGUGCCUUCUCAACAGGCUUGCAUCUUUUGGGGCUGUUUCUCUGAUGCUGAGAGGGGCCAGGUGUGGGGGAUGAAGGGACCAGGGGGACUAGGGCUGAGAGGUGGGUUGGGUGUUGACCUCUCUGAGGCAGCUACUGAUGGGGCAAUUAAUUGCCAGUUGAGACUGAUGAAAUGAAGUCAUUGUGUGCAGGGGCUGGAAGCGGGGAGAAGGCGGGACCCAGAGGGAGGAGGGCCCAGUGCAGAGUUGUCAGGACAGCUGUGAAGGCUCUGACCAGAGCACGCAGGGGCCGGCAGAGAGACUGGCCAGGGCCAGAGCUGUAGGAACCUGGCAGAGAGAGAGGGUCAGCCUGGCAAUAGGGACCUGCCGCUCAAGUGUGGCCCUGGAGACGGAUGGUCAGGGGUGGACCUACCUGGGCCAGGGUCCUGCCCUCCAGCUGGGUUCACUUCGGUUGCUAGAAUCUGAGCAGAGAUCUGACCUGGCGACCUAGGGUUAAAAGGUUACUAAUCUGACGGGGGUGAGGGGCUUCAGUCCUCCCACGUGACUGCUGCUGUGAGCCCACCAGGCCCACUGCUGAGGGCAUGAGUGAUCAGGAGAGGGAGACAGAGGAGGAUGAGGGACGAGACCCUUCAGACACAGCACCCAUGCUGCCCCGGAGGCUUCCUGACCGCCAGGCUUCAGACCUGAUGUCCCCAAGGUGGGCAAGCCUGGCUGCCCAAGGCCUGGGGACCCUGCUGCUCCAAGGAUGGGCCCUGGCCCGGCUCCUGCUCCACCUGCUGCUGCCUGCAGCUGUGUUCCUGCUGGUGCUGCUGCCUGCAGCUGCUGUCGUGUACCUGGGAUUCCUGUGUCACUCGAGGGUCCACCCGGCGCCCAGCCCCGCGUGCCGCGCGCUGCUGUCCGACCGCGGCUCCGCGGCGGUCAUCGUGUCGGGCUUCCUCUCGCUGCCUCCGCUGCUGGUGCUCGCCUCGGCCGCUCGCGCCCACCUGGCCCGACGCCUCCACUCGCUGCUGCCGCCCCCCACUUGGAGCCCCGGACCCCGCCGCCAGUCCGACGGGGAGAAGCAGCUCUGCGCCUGGGUGUGACCCCAGACGCCUCUUCAAAUCCCGGAGGCCCUCGAACUACCCCGUGUCCCCCAUCAGUGGCCCCAGGCUGGCGAGCUCAAGGGUCUGCGUUCAAAUCCCUGCCCGGCAAGCGCGAGCGCAGUGCUCCGACGUGCCGCGAGAGGGCACCGGACUCUUCCGGAACUGGGCGGCCCUUCCCCACCCUCGCCAGACCCCACACUCGAGAGGCUGGGACGCCCCCCAGGGAGCAGGGAGAUGGCCCUGAGAUGCGAUGAGAGGCCAGACUGUGAGAAAAGCGGCCUUCCUGGCUUCUGCCUCUGGGACUACCCAAGGCUCCUGUGCCCCGACCACGUGCAGACCCUGCGGGCCGCCGUCUGGUCAGCGAGUUGUAGAGCUUUGGAGACUCGCUCCGGCGACUUCCACACUCCACUGUCCCAGAGAUUCAACGGCCAGAGCAGCAGAGUGUGCAGGGCUCAGCCGGAGGCCUGCGUCAGCGUUAGAGCAAGGGCUCUGUCUAAUUUUGAGAUAUUUUCCGUCUUUUGUGUUUUUUGCUUUCAAGCAUGUUUCUGGUUUAUUCCUUUGGUACACAGUGUGUUUGUUUCCCGUUCCUAGGGAUUCACAUCUUUCAUCAGUAAUGGAGAAUUCCCAACCAUUAUUUCUUCACUUCUGCCUCAUUCAUUCCACAUAUUCUUUCUUGGGAAACACCUACUACAUUAAUACUUCCUGUCAUCCUAUUACUUCUGUCAGUUCAUCUCUCUUCUGUGUCUUCCUUCUCGUCUCCCUGUGCUGCACGUGUUUUAGGCAAUUUCCUCAUCUUCCUCUUCUAGUUCACUAAACACUAGUUGUGUCUAAUCUGCUGACUGUCCUCCUAUCCAAAAAGAGCCUGGCGGGCUAGAGUCUAUGGAGUCCGGAAGAGUCAGACACGACUGAGCAACUAAGCACACAUCUACAAGUUAUACUGUCUGUGUGCUAAAUCGUGUCCAAUUCUUUGCGACCCUAGGAACACUAGCCUGCCAGGCUCCUGUGUCCAUGGGACUCUCCAGGGAUGAAUACUGUAGUGGGUUGCCAUGCCCCGCUCCAGGGGAUCUUCCCAACCCAGGGAUCUAACCCCUGUCUCUUAGGUCUCCUGCAUUGGCAAGUAGGUUGUUUACCACUAGCGCCACCUGGGAAGCUCAAAAGUUACACUACUCAUUUCUUAUUCAUUCACAUCUGAUCAUUUUGAUGGUCUCAGUGCAUGGAUUCCAGCAGGAACAUUUCACAGAGUUAUUUUAUAGUCUGCACUUAGCAACUAUGCUUCCUUUGCCUUGGGGUCUAAAUCUGUUAUUUGUUGUUUCUGCUGGCUCAGUAAUUGCAUGUUGUUUCUUUGAAUGUUUGUACUUGGUAAGCGUCAGCCCACACCUGUGAAAAUUCUGCGGUCAUGUCCCUCCAGAGAGGAUGCCCUUGUGAGGCAUGCCCAGCCUGUGUCCCUAUUAGGGAUCUGGUUGGUAGCCUACCAUGCACGUGGCCUGUGGCCCUCAUGCGGUGUGGGUCUCCAUCCUGUGUUCAGGGAAUUCUUUGCUUUCCUGUUUGUUUCACUUCAGCCUCCUGGUUUCUGUUCACUAUUCUUCAGUUUGUUUAUUUAUAUACUUCUUUUCAGUGUUUCUUGGAGGGGAGGGGGCUUGGAGAGAUCUACUUCCUUGUACGCCCAGCAGUGUAUUAAAGAUGUAUUUGUUGUAAUUUG